UCUCCAUAAACCAGCUCCAGCUGCCCCCCUUAGCAACGGCAGUUCACAGCACACCAACACAGAGGCGCGCUCCCGUCUGACUCCUGUUCUUACUAGUAGCUAUAGAGGUUAUCUUCAUCUGGAUGGGCGGUAGAUGAAGUUUUAGCCCAGUAGGCUAACUUAAUGGCUAAUAAAGAGCAGCUAGCCACAGGUUUCUCUAAUUCUCUAAGACAGAACAGCUUCUACAUAACUACCUACCUAUCUACCUACUGACCUACCUAACUACAUAAUUACCUACCUAACUACCUAACUUCCCAUCUAACUACCUACCUAUCUACUUACUGACCUACCUAACAACAUAAUUACCUAUCGACCUAGCUACCUAACUACCCAUCUAACUACCUACCUAUCUACCUACUGACCUACCUAACUACAUAAUUACCUACCUAACUACCUAAUUACCUAACUACCCAUCUAGCUACUUACCUAUCUACCUACUGACCUACCUAACUACAUAAUUACCUACCUAACUACCUAAUUACCUACCUAAUUACCUACCUCACAACCUAAUUACCUAACUACCCAUCUAACUACCUACCUAUCUACCUACUGACCUACCUAACUACAUAAUAACCUACCUAUUUACCUACCGAUCUACCUAUCGAAAUAACUGAUUACCUACCUAACUACUUACUAACCUCAUUAACUAUCUAAGCUCUUUAUUAAGAAACAAAGUCGCUGCAGAAGAACCAGAUAUUUACCUCCUGUGAUCUCAAAUGUGAGAUGCUGACCCAAGAAAAGCAGCUCUAUUCACUUUCACUGGAAGAAUAUGUGAUUUAAAAGUGGACAUGAGACAAAACAUAUGUCUAUCUGCCUUUUUAGUACAGUAAGAACACAAGAAUAUUAUAUCUACAACCCUGAUAAAAUGCACAGCUCAGAGGAAAGAAUCGCAGCAGUAAAAACGGCUGAAUUUCUCAGGAAAGCUGAACAACUGAGAAAACUAGCUGACAAAUGUGAAAAAGAAAGAAAGUGGAAUAACUCCAGCAGAAAGAACGGCCUUAAAGAUUGUUUCUGCAGCUUGGAGGAGCUUGACAGCAAACUUAACAGUGAGCUCAAAACUGAAAUAAUAAGGGUGCAGCAGCAACUCCAAAAAAUUAGAAACAGCGUCUACAGGUUCCAGGGGCAGCUGAUAGAUGUCAAACCUUCUCCUGAUUUGAUAGAAAGAUUAAAGGAUGUCAUGAGUGAGAUUGAAAGCUCUAUCAACAUUAUGAAAGAAGAACAACAUCAAAGAUUUGAGGAGCUCUUAAAAGAGGAAAGAAUUUGCUGGCAGGAGAUGUAUGCCUUUGAGAAGAAGAUUGAUGCAUGGUCAUUAUCUGGCAAGAAGGACAGUGAGAUACCUGCAGUAGCUUCCAAGGCAAGACAAAAUAGGUGCAUAGACAAAAAAGGGAAAGAGGAGCUUCCUACAGAGGUGACAGCUCUGGAAACAUUCCUGCAGCAGACUGGUGGGAAGCUGGGAGGUUGGGAUCAAUAUGACCACCAGAGUUUCCUGCAAGUAUGGACCAAGCACCAUGGAAAACCCUCGUAUAGGGCAGAGGUUAAGUUUUACUUACCAGGCAAGACUGAAGAGCACAUAAGACUGCAUGAGGAAUGGUAUCUGGAGCUCUGCCAUCUCCAGGAGAAAAAGAAGGAGGCAAUUCAGAAAUGGAGAGCUGAAAAGCAGAGAGCAAGGGAAGCACGUCUGCAGGAUCAGGAGGGUGAAGCAGAGAAGAAAGAGCGUGAAGCUGCUGCUGCAGAGGCCCAGAGCCUCAAACAAGAGGAGCAGCGCAAAGAGGCAGCUGCACGCUUGGAGGCCUGGAGAAACCAGCGCAAGCAGCAGGAGGAACAGCAGGAGGAGCAGAGGCUCAGAGAGGAGAUCCUGCGGAGGAAGCAACUGAAAGAGGAGAGGCGGAGGCAGCUGGAGGUCAAGCUGACUGUAGAGGCUCACAGCAGACAGAAGAGAGAAGAGGAGGAGCUGCGGCUUCUGGAGAAGCAGGAGCAGGAGAGGGCAGAGAUGGAAGAGAGAAGGAGACUGGCUGCUGAAGGCAUCAGACGUUUUCAAGAUAGGGAUCUACACAAGUUAGAGACAAAACUGCAGGAGAAACAGGCCAAAGAGGAGGAAGAGUCAGAGAGGCUGAAGAAACAAGCUAAGCUAAAGGAGAAGGUCGAAAGUAACAUAAACCGAGAUCCUUCAAGACUCUGGAAACCAACCAAAGGAUGGGAAGAACGCACCAAAGAGAUCGGGCCAACAGGGGGCGGACCUGUAUAUCAGAUGUUUCAUAGGGCUGUUCCGGCCUGGAGACAGGACCUCUAAGCUUGUUUCCAGACUUGUUCUCAGAUCCAGAAAGGCACAAGUCAAAUUGUUUUAUAAGUGUAUGUCAUGUGUGAAUUGAAUGUCCAUUUUAUUUGCUUUAAACAUUAAACAUUAACUUUUA